GCGGCGGCCGCGCCGGGCAUGGAGCUGGCAAGCCCGCGCUGAGGCAGGACGCGCGUGCAAGCAGCGAGCGAGAGGCUCUCCGCCGUCCGGCGCGCGGGCUCCCCGGCCGGGGCCAGGCAAACUUUUCUUUCUCUUUUGCCCUCUCCAGAGGCGCCUUCUGCGGCGGGCGGACCGACUCCUCGGCGCGGCGGGGCCGGGGCAGGCUGGACGCAGCAUGAUGCGCGCAGUGUGGGAGGCGCUGGCGGCGCUGGCGGCGGUGGCGUGCCUGGUGGGCGCGGUGCGCGGCGGGCCCGGGCUCAGCAUGUUCGCGGGCCAGGCGGCGCAGCCCGACCCCUGCUCGGACGAGAACGGCCACCCGCGCCGCUGCAUCCCGGACUUUGUCAACGCGGCCUUCGGCAAGGACGUGCGCGUGUCCAGCACCUGCGGCCGGCCGCCGGCGCGCUACUGCGUGGUGAGCGAGCGCGGCGAGGAGCGGCUGCGCUCUUGCCACCUCUGCAACGCGUCCGACCCCAAGAAGGCGCACCCGCCCGCCUUCCUCACCGAUCUCAACAACCCGCACAACCUGACGUGCUGGCAGUCCGAGAACUACCUGCAGUUCCCGCACAACGUCACGCUCACGCUGUCGCUCGGCAAGAAGUUCGAGGUGACCUACGUGAGCCUGCAGUUCUGCUCGCCACGGCCCGAGUCCAUGGCCAUCUACAAGUCCAUGGACUACGGGCGCACGUGGGUGCCUUUCCAGUUCUACUCCACGCAGUGCCGCAAGAUGUACAACCGGCCGCACCGCGCGCCCAUCACCAAGCAGAACGAGCAGGAGGCCGUGUGCACCGACUCGCACACCGACAUGCGCCCGCUCUCGGGCGGCCUCAUCGCCUUCAGCACGCUGGACGGGCGGCCCUCGGCGCACGACUUCGACAACUCGCCGGUGCUGCAGGACUGGGUCACGGCCACCGACAUCCGCGUGGCCUUCAGCCGCCUGCACACGUUCGGCGACGAGAACGAGGACGACUCGGAGCUGGCGCGCGACUCGUACUUCUACGCCGUGUCCGACCUGCAGGUGGGUGGCCGCUGCAAGUGCAACGGCCACGCGGCCCGCUGCGUGCGCGACCGUGACGACAGCCUGGUGUGCGACUGCAGGCACAACACCGCCGGCCCGGAGUGCGACCGCUGCAAGCCCUUCCACUACGACCGGCCCUGGCAGCGCGCCACCGCCCGCGAGGCCAACGAGUGCGUGGCCUGCAACUGCAACCUGCACGCGCGGCGCUGCCGCUUCAACAUGGAGCUCUACAAGCUGUCGGGGCGCAAGAGCGGGGGCGUCUGCCUCAACUGCCGCCACAACACGGCCGGCCGCCACUGCCACUACUGCAAGGAGGGCUACUACCGCGACAUGGGCAAGCCCAUCACCCACCGGAAGGCCUGCAAAGCCUGUGAUUGCCACCCCGUGGGCGCCGCUGGCAAAACCUGUAACCAGACCACCGGCCAGUGUCCCUGCAAGGACGGCGUGACGGGCAUCACCUGCAACCGCUGUGCCAAAGGCUACCAACAGAGCCGCUCUCCCAUCGCCCCCUGCAUAAAGAUCCCGGUGGCACCGCCAACCACUGCAGCCAGCAGUGUGGAGGAGCCGGAAGACUGCGAUUCCUACUGCAAGGCCUCCAAAGGGAAGCUGAAGAUUAACAUGAAAAAGUACUGCAAGAAGGACUACGCCGUCCAGAUCCACAUCCUGAAGGCGGACAAGGCGGGGGACUGGUGGAAGUUCACGGUGAACAUCAUCUCCGUGUACAAGCAGGGCACGAGCCGCAUCCGCCGCGGUGACCAGAGCCUGUGGAUCCGCUCGCGGGACAUCGCCUGCAAGUGCCCCAAAAUCAAGCCCCUCAAGAAGUACCUGCUGCUGGGCAACGCGGAGGACUCGCCCGACCAGAGCGGCAUCGUGGCCGACAAGAGCAGCCUGGUGAUCCAGUGGCGGGACACGUGGGCGCGGCGGCUGCGCAAGUUCCAGCAGCGCGAGAAGAAGGGCAAGUGCAAGAAGGCCUAGCGCGGAGGCGGCGGCGCGCC